AUGCUGUUAUCAGAGUACGACAUCCAAUAUCGUGCCCAAAAAGCCAUCAAAGGAAGUGUUUUAGCCGAUCAUUUAGCCUCCCAACCUAUUAAUGAUGAUCAAUCUUUACAAGACGAUUUCCCAGAUGAAGAAAUCAUGUAUUUGAAAUCAAAAUAUUACGAAGAACCUUUACAUGGAGAAGGACCUGAUCCUGAGUCCCGAUGGGGUUUGAUUUUUGAUGGAGCUGUUAAUGCCUAUGGUAGAGGAAUUGGGGCCGUCAUUGUUAUGCCACGAGGUUCUCAUGUACCGUUCACUACAAGACUGAUGUUCGACUACACCAACAAUACGGCAGAAGAUUACGCCCGAAAAUUGUUAACCUUCUUCAACAAAGUUGAAUUCCAUCAUAUACCUCGUGAGGAAAAUCAAAUGGCAAAUGCAUUGGCAACUCUAGCUUCCAUGUAUCAAGUAAAGUCUCCAAAUGAAGCUCCUCAGAUUACAAUCACGCGCUUGGAUAAGCCGGCUCAUGUAUUCGCUGCUGAAGUUGUCACUGAUGACAAGCCGUGGUUUUAUGACAUCAAAAUCUUCUUACAAAAAGAAGAGUACCCACCAGGGGCAUCUAUCAAAGACAGAAGAACUUUGAGAAGAUUGUCUGGUAGUUUCUUCUUGACUGGGGAUGUGCUCUACAAAAUGAAUUUUGAUAUGGUAUUGCUCAGAUGCGUGGAUAGACACGAAGCAAACCAAUUAAUAUAUGUGAUAAAGUGCCACAAAUCCCAGAUCUAUGCUGGUAAGAUCCAUGUGCCUCCGACGCUUCUCAAUGUUAUCUCCUCUCCAUGGCCUUUCUCUUUGUGGGGAAUAGAUAUGAUUGAAAUGAUUGAACCUAAGGCUUCAAAUGGACACCGUAUCAUCCUGGUCACCAUUGACUACUUCACCAAAUGGGUCGAAGUUGCCUCUUACGCCACUGUUACUAGACAAGUGAUGAUGAAAGAGUUAUGUGGUGAGUUCAAGAUUGAGCAUCACAAUUCCUCUCCCUACCGUCCUAAGAUGAAUGGAGCGGUAGAAGCGGCUAACAAUAAUAUUAAGAAUAUUGUUCAGAAGAUGGUUGUGACUUACAAGGAUUGA